AUGGAUGAUCAUAUAGAGAUGAUCGACAAAGAAAGUGUUUUGUUGGAUCCUGAUGCAAGCACAAUAUCACGAAAAUCAUCCCCGUCCAUCCAACUACGGAAAUGGGCGGGCAGAUCCCGACAGGUGUACUGGUUCUUCAGUGACGAGUCCAGGACUUAUCUCUUCAAAUUGUUCACAUGUUUCUAUGCGUUAUUCAUUAUAAUUUGCGGUGUGGUGAUCGCACUAUCGAAUCUCAUCCUCAGUGCAUCCCGUUCAUCAAUCAAAGCACAUAUCAAGGAUCUGAUUCUAGGCUUUUGGACGUUCGGAGGUUCGAUCUUAUUCAUUUCCUAUUCUGGUUUCUUGGUAUAUCGACAACAUCAGGAAGUAGCCGCAAAACGCAAAACCUUAGCUUUCACGAAAAUACCUAGUGUUGGACCAGAGGUAGUGGCCAACACCAAUACAGGUAGUCUUUACCUACGGAUUGGAUGUGUUGUGUUCGGCCUCAUAGGAGUGGUGUACUAUGGAUUAAUAUUUGUCAUCUGUACGUUGGGCUGGAGUAAGAGCGAAGACCAAGCCGAAUGCAAUACGAUGUCAAAUUUCCUCAACUUUUUCACAGCUUUGUUUAUAUUUCUACAAAUGUGGUUUGUGUACUGUAACGGAAAGAUAAUUUUUACUGGACAGGGUAACAUAGCACGCUUUGGUCUGAUGCAUUUGUGUGGUACGAAUUUAUGGAUGUGGCUUCGUUAUAUUUUGUACGAAGAGCAAGAGACCAUAACUGAAAUAAGGCAAAUUUCUUAUAACCACAUACUGCGUUUUGCUGUAAUGGCAAUUUAUGAACACAAUAAUAAACAACCUACGUGUAAGAGGUCUAAAUGCGUUUUCAUCGGGUUUAUUAGGUACACCUGUGUCGUCGAGUAUUCAUUGAUUUGUGCUGGCGUGGCGUUUGUCUUUUGGACCAAUAUCGAUCUGUGCAAACAAGAAAGCGCACUACGAAGAAGUCGCAAACGAAGUCUGCUUACUGUGGAUUGCUCAAGAACAGCUGAAGGUCUUUUUGGAGGAUUUUUUCUCAUCGCCAUCACGAUUAUAGCAAUCGCACUCUACAACACCUACUCUAGUGAAACUGAAUUGGCAGAAUGGAUCUUCACCUCCACUAAUUUGGUUUUCUUUUCACUAUCUACUAGUGUCUGCUUUUAUGCUUUUUGGCGAAUGAAGGUGCUAAAGUUUAACGAAGAGAAAAAGGACGAUGACGCCAGCAGUGCUGAACUUCUUGAUCGAAUAUUGUUAGUGGUGGGAUUAGUAGGUGAAAUGGUGUUCACAGUUGGUGGCAUAUUAGCAUUUGUGAACCAUCCCGCAAUGAGUUCGCUGUCGAUCACUAUUCUUAUUACAAAUGUUUUUCGUCUGAUUCAAGUCACAUUACAAUCUGGUCUCAUCCUAGUCGGAUCAAAGCUCGUGCUUGAUGAGGAUGAUAAUCUAAUGUUGAGAUUCAAACCAGGAAAGCAAAUGAUAACAUUCCUCCUCAUGAUAAACUGCGCUCAAUUUUUGAUGAAUGUUUUUGAGGCUCAAAAGGCUGGUGUUACUGAAGAAAUCCUCAGGCUUUAUGGGAGUUACUACUGGGCAAUACUCGUUCGCGGUUGCUCACCGCUGACAAUUUUCUACCGGUUUCACAGUUCGGCGUGUUUUGCCGAAAUAUGGAAAAAGACAUUUCGCGCCCACAAAAAAAUCGAACACACGACCCAUAUAUAA